UUGUUACCAGUGCAGUUCCACAAAGGAGAGCAUGGCUUUGACAAUCAAGUUAUGGACAUGAAGCCUUUCUUCAGGGCUGUGGGGCCUGAUUUCAAUAAAAACAUGGUGUCCACACCCUUUGAGACAGUUAACGUGUAUCCCCUGAUGUGCCACCUACUAGGAAUAGACCCAGAAAUCAACGAUGGACACUUGGACAAUACCAAACACAUGCUGGUCCCAAGGAAAAACACACAAGGAAACAAUCCAGAAAUGAAUAUCCAGUCCCAAGCAGUUGUGGGCUUAUCAGCAGUGACUGGGUUUCUGGUAUUGGUGUUCAUAGUGACCACCUCCUAUACUUUGUACAAAAGGAACAGCACAGAAAGGAGUUACAAACCAGAACAUGCUGCCGGUGAAGAAAAGAUGAAGCAAACCAGUUUUUGAGAAUUCAGAUUGAUGUUUGUGUUUUUCCAUGUAUUCGUUUCCCCAAUCUAGUUGUUCCAUUAAUUAUAAAUAUGAAAUCACAGUACAGAAGGACUUCCUGAUCAAAGGUCACUAUGAGUAAUUAUUGCCAUGUCCAUGGAGAUAAUGAUCUGGUUGGGGAUGGUUUUGUUUUGUUUAGUUUUUUUGUUUGUUUUUCAAUUAUACACAGGGCAAGAAACAGAUUCUUAAUAUUUGGUAUAGAUCUAAGUGUUUUUUAAGACAUUUUAAGAUUUGGUACAUGUAUCCCAAGAUCACUAUGUAUAUUAUUUAUAUUCAUAAAAAUCACAAUCCAAAUGCAAGUUAAAAAUGUAUUUUUUUUAAAUUCACCAAUUUACCCAAACAUGGCUUUAUCCUUUCAGUUUGCUCUAUGUCAACUUUGCUUUUGCGGGUCAGACAGAGAAUCAAAGCUCUACUCUGAUUAGCUCUAAUUCUAACUUGAUAUUAAGAUAUUUUUUGGUCUUUUUAUGCCAUUAUUUGAUAGGUCAGCCAAAUAUAGACAGGAAAGGGGUAGGGAGGUAAAGGGGUCAGGACUCAGUCUAUAUGGGGUGCGUGUUCAACCAGGUGAGCUACCGUGUGCCCCCUAACAUUUUUUCUAACCCAAACCAUCUCACACAUAAAACUACCUAACAAAGGCAACAAACACAAGCCAAUCAGAGGCAGAAAAGGUUGGGUCUUUGCGGAAUGUCAGCUGUUUAGGGGUGGGUACUUAGACUCAACAGGAGGUGGUAUACACAAUAAGAAGUAGGGUUACACAUGUGGACAAAAAUCAGAAGCGGUGGUACUCAGUACUGGUGAGUACUGGCCCAUUUCAGGUGCUGCAGCUAAGUAAUAAGAAGGUAAUAAUGUGUAAUAAUUAUUAUAUCCUGUACUAAUAACGGAAUUUCCCUAAAACAAAAAAUGUUACUGAUGAGUAAUCUUACUAUUCAUGUCUUUUUCAUCAGAAUACUAUCCCACUUUAAUGCUACCCUCAUUGUUGUGUAUUUUGUAAUUGCUCUGCCAUCAGCAAGUGUUUUUUUCCCAUAAAACUCCCUUUAUGGACAAUGUCAAAUUAGGUACUUUAUUUCUGUCCCGCAUAAAGAAAUAGAUAACUGCACCUCCGACAUGCUGAUUAUAGAUCUGGAUAACAGUGUACGCGCAUUUACCUUAUUUGAAUUUAUAUACGUGCUGAUACUGCAUUACAGUUCCAGCUGGUAUUCGAAGCUGUCACACUCACAUAGGUUUAUGGGUUGAAUAUAAUAGUUAUAUUGUCCUUUGUUAGAGCCAGUCUUUAAAGCCUAUAUGUCAUUGUGAAUUCAGCUACGAACACAAAUUAAAUGGACCAAAGAUCUAGAAAAUCAUUUUUGUGUAACAUGAACAUUUGUUAAUACUCAAAUGAAUAACAGAGAGACUUAUGACUGGAGAAGAGAAAAUGUGGGCAGUGGGGCAAGAGAGAUGCUGAACCAUCAUCACUAAAUUAAUGGAGGUAUUUAAUGUAAAGUACUUUACGUUCUUCUGCUCUUUGGCUGUGAUCAUGUUGGACAGCUACCAAGGUCUAAUGUGUGUAACUGAGAUUAUUUCAAUACACAAACAUGUAUAAUAAGAUCAACAAAACCAAACACAUUUGGGAAGGAUAUAUGUAUAUAGUGGAGAAUCAUUUCAACUCUAAUUUGUAAUGGAUGAUGAUUAUUGCACAAAGGAAAGAUGUCUAAAAAUGUGUAAAGUCC